UUGUAGCACUAUAUUCAGCACAAAGAACAUGGUUCACAACAUAAAACAUCACAGCCUAACUGUUCGGCUAACAGGUUUCCUGGCGCGUCUUGAGCCCUCUCUGCUGCUAAAGCUUGUGCAGGCCACCAACGGGUCCUAUCGGGCCGCACAUCUGGCGAGGUUGAUGGUGGCUUGUGCCGGCGCUGGGUGGUGAUGUUUCCCGCGCGUCCCUGUUGUUGGAGGGGGAGAGCGUCAAACCUGCAUGAACAACACGUGAACCAUGAGACAAUGGGAAGGGACGGGCGCCCGGCAACAGGUCCGGUCCCAGACAGACAAGUCUACAGACAUACGCAUCUUCACACCGCCCAGCCUCCACAUGCGAGCGAGCCGCGUUACGGGAGGUUAUCUGGGCCACGCGUGUCCACAACUCAAACACCACGCCUUACAGGUACGCACUCAUACACAUGCAAACUAAAACAGAUGGUAGCAGAAAACCCCAACACAGCCUCCUGGACCAAGCCAUCGUCUUUCUCUGUUCCUGCCUGAAAAAAAUUCACGAAAAACAGAAAAUGACAUAAAAUCUGGAAACUCUCGUUCUGCUCCACACCUCGGCAUUAAAAGCCAGCACACACAGGUUUCCUUUGCAGAGGAGAGAAAGGAUGCAAAAAACAUGGCGACAAAUGAAUUUCAGAGAACCACCGGCUUGCCACGUGGGCACCAACUAUCUGCUUGGAUGUGGCUGUCGAACGCUGCUAAAAACAUACACAAAGUCACGAAACCACACAAGAAUCACUCAGCUCCACGCAGAACAGAACGCCAGCGUGAAUUAAAAACGUCCUAAACUCGACCCGGCCUAGAAAAAAGGAUUGAAGCUGUAAAACGAAAAAAUGGUGUAAGGCGGCCAUCCUCGAGCCGCUAAGAGCUCAUACAUAUGAAUACGCGAUAGAAAUGCAAAUGUUAGAACAAACAGCCGGCCCUUAGAAAUUCCAGGCAUCCAGCACAGCAAGAACAAGGACGGUACAUGUAGCUCUGCACUCCUGAAAGCACACACGGUAAUUGAAACACGAGAGAACACAGAAUAUCUCGUCAAACCUUCCGGGGGACCAAGCAACGUCCCCCGUACACCGACCCGGCGAUACCGCUAAACCCUCGAGGUCCCUUCGGCGUCCCAGACCGACCGUCUCUGGGCGCUGGAACUAACGCAAACCUCCUGUCGGCAUCUUCAGCUUGGACAUGUUUGCUUCGGCGGUGCCGGUGGAGUGUGGACCCAGACGUGGUCGGGGAAUCUGGCAGCAUGCACGUUGUGCUCAGGUGUGCACCUCUAUAUAUACCUGGUAACCGGAAGUGACGUCAUCCCUAUCGGACCAAUGGGCGAACAGAAUAAAUAGAUGAUGAAGUUGCAGCGUUUCAAUCACUCCAUCAAAUAUUUGGUGAUAAUCUAUACCAGCAUCUCAUGAUUAUCGUGACACACAUGGAACAGGAGGCCAUGGCUGAUUUCCAACAAGAUCUUCCUGAUGCAAUGAAAGACAUAAUUCACAAGUGUGCACACAGAAUAGUAGCCUUUGAGAACAAAACAAUGAAGGAAGCCAAAGACAACCAGAUUGAGCAGUUCUUCAAAGCAACACAACAGUUGCCAACACAGAGACUGCAGGUCACAAUCAAACAUCAAAUCCAGGCUGAGGUUAGAAGUGAAGACCUAAACCUCUUGUUGAUUGGAUGCAAGGGCAAUGGGAAGAGCAGCACAGCUAAUACCAUUGUGGGAGAGCAUGUCUUUGUUGUUUCCCAAAGUGGAACACAAAAGUGUCAAACAGAAAAUACUGUCUACAAACCACCAUGGUGUGAUGACCUGGAGUUUGUCAUUGGCGUAACAGAUACACCAGGGGCCUCUGAAGAAAUGACUGAAUCAGAAUUUGAUCAACUGGAGAAGGCAGUUCACGAAUGCCCUGAAGGUUUUGAUGCCAUUAUUUUGGUCUGGCCAGACAGGAUGUCUCAAAACAUAGCAAAAAUGGAGAAAAAGGCUUUCCAGUCCCUCCAUAGGAUGUUCGGUGACCGACUGUUUCAUCAUCUGUUGAUUGCUGUGACUGGGACCACACAGGAUUCAAUCAAGAAGUACUGUCAAGAUCUUCCUGAAUCAUUGAGGUUCAUCCUGCAAAGAAGUGUAAGCAUUACAGCCUUUGACAACAAGUAUGAAAAAGCAAACACUAAGGCCAUCAAGCAACUUAUUACAGCUGCACAAGACAUUAAAAACAAUGGAAGGUACACGAAAGAAGACCUGUCUCCCACAUGUCAGAUCCCCCCUGGUGAUGAGUUAAGGAUGGCAGUGAUUGGAAAGACAGGGGUUGGCAAGAGCAGCACAGCAAACACCAUUGUGGGCAGUAAAGAGUUCAGAGUGACCUGUUCAGCAUCCUCAGAAACUACCAAAAGUGCCUACACAAGACGGCAAAAAACUGAUCGGAAGAUAGCUGUGGUCGACACACCUGGGAUCUGUGACACAUCUGCCGAUCCAGAGGUGGUUGGUGAAGAGAUUGCCAGAAUGGCAACGAUUCUAUCAGAAGGUCUUCAUGCGCUCUUACUGGUAGUAAGACUUUCAAGAUUCACCCAAGAAGAGAUUGAUGCCAUAGCAAUGCUUAAAGAGUUAUUCGGUAAAAACUUCAUGCAGUAUGUUGUGAUUGUGCUCAGCCAUAAAGAUGAAAUUGAUUCAGAUGAUAUUUUUAAGGGUGAUGUAAAGAAAUACAUCGAAACAGCCCCAGAAAAGUUCAGAGAACUGUUGAAGGAUUGUGGACAAAGGUAUGUUGCCUUCAACAAUGUAACAGAAGAUGAAACCCUGAAAAGAAUGCAGGUUGCUGAGCUUGUCAAGCUGGUAGAGGAUACUAUUGGAGAACAAGCUAAGAUUCCGUUCAAGGACGUCAUCUUUGCAGAGGGACAACAUGAGAAAGAAAAAAUCAGGCAAGAGUUGCUGGAGGAACGUGUAAUGCAACAUCGUCCCAGUGUCCAGGCUCUCAGAUGUUCUAAUGAGUCUGAAGAAUUCACAAAUAAAAGCAACAGACCAAACCGUGCUACAGAGCAAACAGCAGCCUUGUCAUUUCCCAAGCAAGCAACACAUACAGGUCAACGUCAAGAACUCGACAAUGAGAGAGCUACAGGUUCCACACCACAGGAUGCUACGGGUUCAAACAGUCCUGCAGAAAAUGAAUGUCAAAAUGUGCUGGAGAAUCAUCCAAUUGCAAUAACCACUGAAGUAGAGGUUGUCAUACCAGUAGUACAAGACGUCAGUGAAUUUGAUAUUGAAGAAUUGGAGGAGAUGGCAAGACAGGAAGCCACUAAUCGAUCCUUCAAAAACACUAAGCUGUACAAGACAAUAAUGGACAAGCUACAACGUGUAAGGGAUUUCUUUGACAGGAUAAAAGCUUUAAUGUUCAGUGACUAAUCUACACUGAAAACAAAAGAUAAAACCUCAACACUUAUGAAGAAAACAUGACAAAUGAACCUUGUCCAACACAGAAGUUCUUCUGCUCUUCCUGUCAUCAGCCAAGUUAAAAACACAUGCUUUAUAUGGAGAAACUGUAUCAUUUUAUGAAAAUUAACUUCACAUGAGAACAGGGAAAGACAAAAUCCCAAGAUUAGAAAACAUGAUGUAAUCUAUCAUCAAACAAAUAGUUUGUGAGCUUGAAACAAGAAACUUCUGUGAAUGAUAACAUUUAGUUUCCUAGGUUUCUUUAAAAAAAGACACAAUUAGCUACAUGUAUAUAGACAGGCAAUACUU